AUGGCAUUCCGAGAUGUUGCCCGGCUGGCUUCCACCGGUGAAGACACGCAACAGCCGUCCAACAACACUCGCACAGCCAAAGCAUUUAUACCAGCCGGUACGGUAACCAUGGCAACCUUCUCGACAGGUUCGGAAACCGGUGAGCGGGCUUUAACAGAUUCCGAAGAUACUACCAGAAACACCGCUCCAUAUUACCACAAACAACCUAUACCACACCCACAGAACCGGACCGGACCACUCGACAGCGCGAGAGACGGCGUCAACCACAAAUCCUCGUCCAUCUCACAGUCGCCCGUGGUUGCUGGCGAAGUGUUAAUGUCUGACUUUGCGAACGAGGUUACACUGGGGUGUACCAACAGUCUGUCCAGACGUGCGAUGCGAAGAGGGAGUGUCGGUGGAGGAUCGUUGCAUGGCCGGCGGGGUAGCAUUUCUUCUACCGA